AUGAUUUACGAUUUAGUUAUUUAUAAUGGAGUAGUGGUUACUGCAUCGGAUAUAUUACCACCUUCAAUAUACAUUGGAAUCAACAAUGGGGUCAUUGAAACCAUGACCACUCAACCUUUAAAAGGAAAGAAAGAAAUAGAUUGUGAAGGAGCUUAUAUCACCCCUGGAGGGAUCGAUUCCCAUGUUCAUUUGGAUCAAGAUAAUGCUCCUACAGGAGAUGAUUUCGAUAGUGGGUCUAAGUCAGCCAUUGCCGGAGGUACUACCACUAUACUUCCAUUCGCCAUUCAACCAAAAAAAGAGAAGAACAUUACUGCUGUGGUUCAAGAUUACCAUAAGCGUGCUAAUAAGAAGGGAGGUAGUUACUGUGAUUACGGAUUCCAUUUGAUUAUUUCCGAACCCAAUGAAGAGAUGUUAACCGAAGAAUUCCCUGAGAUCAUUGCUCAAGAAGGGAUUACUUCUGUUAAAGUUUAUACUACUUAUCCACGUUAUAAGUUAACUGAUAAUCAAUUAUUGAAUGUCUUGUUGGCCAAUAGGAAACUUGGAGUCACUACCAUGAUUCAUGCAGAAAAUAGUGAUAUUAUAGAUUUCAUCAAUGAACAACUUCAAAAGAAGAAUUUAACUGAUCCAUUCUACCAUUCAAUCUCCAGACCAUUGGUUGCUGAAGAAGAAGCCAGUUAUCGUGUCAUUGCCCUUGCAAAAUUGAUUGAUGUACCUAUUUUGAUUGUACACAUGUCAUCUAAGACUGCCAUGGAUCAUGUGAGAAAAGCCCAAACUGAUAAUAUCCCUAUUUAUUCAGAAACUUGCCCACAAUAUUUAUUCUUAACCGCUGAUUACUUGAAACCUUCAUGUAUUCAUCAUUUAGAUCCCCACGAUCAUUUUGAAGGUGCCAAAUAUAUCUGUUCACCACCUUUGAGACAAGAACAAAGUGAAUUGGAUGCCAUUUGGGAUAAUAUCAAUAAUGGUACCGUUACUGUUUUCAGUAGUGAUCAUGCACCAACUACAUAUGAUGAUCCUGAAGGGAAAAAAGCUGGGAUAAUUAAUGGUAUCCCUCAUUAUAAGUCAAUCCCUAAUGGAUUACCCGGAAUCGAGACCAGAAUUCCAUUGUUAUUUUGUUUUGGAGUUGAAACUCAAAGGAUUUCACCCCAAAAAUUCGUUGAACUUACCAGUACUAAUGCAGCUAAAUUAUAUGGGUUAACUAAUAAAGGUACUAUUGGAGUUGGAUUUGAUGGAGAUAUAACUAUUUGGUAUCCUAAAAACCGAAUCAACUUUAAAUUAACUAAUGCCAUGUUGAACCACAGUAUUGAUUACACCCCCUAUGAGGGGAUGCAGUUUACUAAUUGGCCCCGUUAUACAAUCUUACGAGGCGAAGUCGUUUACGAUAGAGAUAACAGUGGAGUAAUUGGUUCAAAAUCUGGUCAAUAUCUUAAGCGUCAUGCCUCAUCAUUACGUGGCCCUCUCCACGAUAUCAAUUCCAUUUUUAAAUGA